CGUGGGGACAGAGUGUGAACAGCGGGAUCCUUGGGAAGGUCCCAUCCGACCGCCACCCCUGCUGAGCAGUAGGUGGCCCAAAAUAAGAGGAUUGUUCCAACUCAGGGUGACCCUCGGAGCCCAGCCCGGAGGCAUCGCGGACACCCUCUUGCUGCCUGACACAGAAGGUGCCUCUCCGCAGCCUCCUGGACGUGGCUGCAACUCGUUCCUCUGCGCUGGGGCCUUCGUGUCUGUCUGUCUGUCUUCGCAGUAGCAGGUGUUGGGACCCACUGGAUUCUGGAAAGACCCUGAAGACCAUAAGGCUUCCCCAGGACAUCUCCCAGUUUUUCCUUCCUGAUUCUGGUUUACAUCAGGCCAGAGGGAACUUGGUUUGCCUCCGCCUUAAUAGCCAACAGGCUGUCUGGCCUGGACGCUGGCCUGGACGCUGAACAGAAGAGGAGUCCAGCCUUGGUCUGAGCAGCCUCUGAGCACCCUGAGAGGCUCCUGCGGGACAUCAUGGCCGCCUGAGCGUCCACCAUGGCCAGCCGGAAGCGGCCGAGCGUGGCAGCAACAGCAGCAGUGAGCACCAUGCUGGAGCACCGGGCACGGCCGGGCUUGGGGCCCGAGAGUGAGAACCCCGCGGAGGAGCAGCCCCCAUCAGACCCCGAAUACUCGGCCACCAGCCUGGUGCUGUCCAGCUCCGCCACGGACCAGAGCCCGGAGCCCGAGCCUGAAGGGGACUCGAGUUCUGAGUAUGUGAACAACACAUCAGAGGAGGACGAGGAGGAGGACGAGGAUGAGGACUAUGAUGAGGGCCUCCCCGAGGAGGAGGAGGGUGUCACCUACUACAUCCGCUACUGCCCUGAGGAUGACAGCUACCUGGAUGGCACCAGCUGCCCCGGCCGCAGGGCGUCCCUCCCGGACACCGACGAGUGCCAGGAGGCCGUGGAGGACUGGCCGGGGCUGGGGGCGGCCGCGCGGGAUGACGACGACCCCCAUCAGGUGGACAGUGAUCUGGGCCGGUCCUGUGCCAGUGAGCACGGGGACCCAGAUUUCUGCCCACCGGCCCGGGACCCCGAAGACCCUGAGGAGGACAUCGACCAGAUUGUGGCCGAGAUCAAGAUGAGCCUGAGCCUCAGCAGCAUCGCCAGUGCAGCCAACAGUCCCGAGCGCACGCGUGGCCCCGGGGAUGGCGACGGAGGAGGUGACGGUGAUGGUGACAGCGACACCCCUCGAGGCCGUGGGCCCGGACGGCAGCAGCAGCAGCACGAGGCCCGGCCCCGGUCCCUAAACCUGCUCAUGGAUGCCCAGCACCCACCCGAGCCCCAAAGGAGCCUCAAGGCCAAGAGCAGGACCCCUGAGGAGAGGCCCAAGUGGUCACCCGAGCAGGCCUGCAACAGUCUGGAACAGCCUCGGAAACAGCAGCGUUCAGACCUCAAUGGCCGGGUGGACAAUAACAACAUCCCUGAGACCAAGAAGGUGGCGUCGUUCCCGAGCUUCGUGGCUGUUCCAGGUCCCUGUGAACCCGAAGACCUCAUCGACGGCAUCAUCUUUGCCGCCAACUACCUGGGCUCGGCGCAGUUGCUAUCGGAGCGGAACCCAUCCAAGACCAUCCGCAUGACACAGGCCCAGGAGGCCGUGAGCCGGGUCAAGAGGAUGCAGAAGGCGGCGAAGAUCAAGAAAAAGGCGAGCUCGGAGGGCGGCGGCCCGGCGCUGACUGAGGUGGACCUGUUCAUCUCCACGCAGAGGAUCAAGGUGCUGAAUGCAGACACCCAGGAGACCAUGAUGGACCACGCCCUGCGCACCAUCUCCUACAUCGCCGACAUAGGCAGCAUCGUGGUGCUCAUGGCCCGUCGCCGCAUGCCACGCUCGGCCUCGCAGGACUGUAUCGAGAGCACCCCAGGUGCCCCCGAUGCCAAGAAGCAGUACAAGAUGAUCUGCCAUGUGUUCGAGUCUGAGGACGCCCAACUCAUCGCCCAGUCCAUCGGCCAGGCCUUCAGCGUGGCCUACCAGGAGUUCCUGCGGGCGAACGGCAUCAACCCCGAGGACCUGAGCCAGAAGGACUACAGCGACAUCCUCAACACCCAGGAGAUGUACAACGACGACCUGGCGCACUUCUCCAACUCCGACAACUGCAAGGAGCUGCAGCUGGACAAGCUCAAGGGCGAGAUCCUGGGCGUGGUGGUGGUGGAGUCCGGCUGGGGCUCCAUUCUGCCCACCGUGAUCCUGGCGAACAUGAUGAAUGGCGGCCCAGCCGCGCGCUCCGGCAAACUCAGCAUCGGCGACCAGAUCAUGUCCAUCAACGGCACCAGCCUGGUGGGGCUGCCACUGGCCACCUGCCAGGGCAUCAUCAAGGGCCUGAAGCAGCACACGCAGGUCAGGCUGAGCCUGGUCAGCUGCCCACCUGUCACCACCGUCCUCAUCAAGCGGCCGGACCUCAAGUACCAGCUGGGCUUCAGCGUGCAAAACGGCAUUAUCUGCAGCCUGAUGCGCGGGGGCAUCGCGGAGCGAGGGGGCGUCCGAGUGGGUCACCGCAUCAUCGAGAUCAACGGGCAGAGCGUGGUGGCCACGGCCCACGAGAAGAUCGUGCAGGCGCUGUCCAACUCGGUGGGGGAGAUUCACAUGAAGACCAUGCCUGCUGCUAUGUUCAGGCUCCUUACUGGCCAGGAGACCCCACUGUACAUCUAAGGCCCCCCACAGCUGAGCAAGACCAGAGGCUGCAGGACCCGACCCAACCCGACCCGGCGUCCCCGGAGGCGACCCCUGGCCCCGUGCCCCAUUCCCCUUGCCGGCCCUGGCCAGAUGGGGCGUGUCCGUGGGGUGAUGCAGUGCGUGUGGUCCGUCGACGCCCGGUGGUGUGUCCGUGUGUAGACGUCCGGUCUGUGUGGCGUGUGUCCGUCCUCCCUGGAGCCGAGAGCCUCGGGCUGUGGCUGUGAAGGGACCUGUGGGGCUGCCCAGGGGUCGGGGUCCUGUGGGGUUCUGCGGGGCGGUGGGCCCACGACUGCACCUGUGACUGUCGCCUUCAAUAAAGGACCGUGGGACCGCU